AUGGCCGGCUGCUGCCUGUCCGCCGAGGAGAAGGAGUCGCAGCGCAUCAGCGCGGAGAUCGAGCGGCAGCUGCGCCGGGACAAGCGGGACGCCCGCCGGGAGCUGAAGCUGCUGCUGCUGGGCACAGGAGAAAGUGGCAAGAGUACGUUCAUUAAACAAAUGAGGAUUAUCCAUGGAUCAGGUUACACAGAAGAAGACAGAAAAGGCUUCACAAAACUGGUUUACCAAAAUGUAUUUACUGCCAUGCAAGUGAUGAUCGGAGCCAUGGAUACUCUCAGGAUACAGUACACAUCCAGAGAGAAUGAGGAGAGUGCUCAGAUGAUCAAAGAAGUGGAAGUGGAUAAAGUGACUGCGCUGGAAAGAAAACAAGUUGAAGCGAUCAAGAAGCUCUGGGAAGACCCAGGAAUCCAAGAAUGCUAUGACAGACGGAGGGAGUACCAGCUCUCAGACUCUGCUAAGUAUUAUCUUACUGACCUUGAUCGUAUUGCUACUCCCUCAUUUGUGCCAACUCAGCAAGAUAUUCUUAGAGUCCGAGUGCCAACUACAGGAAUUAUUGAGUAUCCUUUUGAUUUAGAAAAUAUUACAUUUAGGAUGGUGGAUGUAGGUGGCCAAAGGUCAGAAAGAAGGAAGUGGAUCCAUUGUUUUGAAAGUGUUACGUCCAUCAUUUUCUUAGUUGCAUUAAGUGAAUAUGAUCAAGUAUUGGCAGAAUGUGACAAUGAGAAUCGAAUGGAAGAAAGCAAGGCCUUAUUUAAAACUAUCAUUACAUAUCCCUGGUUUCUGAAUUCUUCAAUCAUUUUGUUUUUAAAUAAAAAAGAUCUUCUAGAAGAGAAGAUUAUGUAUUCCCAUCUAAUUAGUUACUUUCCAGAAUACACAGGACCUAAACAAGAUGUCAAAGCUGCCAGAGACUUCAUUUUGAAGCUGUAUCAGGAUCAGAAUCCAGACAAGGAGAAAGUAAUCUAUUCCCACUUCACUUGUGCCACAGACACAGAAAAUAUUCGUUUUGUCUUCGCUGCUGUCAAGGACACGAUCCUGCAACUAAACCUGAGGGAGUUCAAUCUGGUUUAA